AUGUCCCUCCCAUUGGAAUACCAAGUCACUUUGCCCAACGGCAGAACCUUCACGCAGCCUGCUGGUUUGUUCGUUAACAAUGAAUUUGUCAAGUCGAAAUCAGGUAAAACCAUUGAGUCGAUCAACCCAUCCACUGGGGAAGUGAACGGUUCUGUGUACGCAGCAGACGAAGAAGACGUGGAUGAAAUUGUGGCUGUUGCUCGCAAAGCCUUCAAAUCGUGGAAAAAGACGUCUGGUGUUGAGAGGGCUGAUCUCUUGUUCAAAUUGGUGGACAUCAUGAAGCAAGAGCUAGAGCUUCUCACAGACAUUGAGGCCUGGGACUCCGGCAAAACUAGGCAUCUCAAUGCUUUGUAUGAUGUGGAAGAAGUCAUCGCCGUGUUCAAAUAUUAUGCGGGAUGGGCCGACAAGGUGCAUGGCAGAGUCAUUGCACAGAAUCCCAAGAAAUUGGCAUACACUUUGCAUGAGCCUUAUGGCGUAUGUGCCCAGAUCAUUCCUUGGAACUACCCAUUGCUCAUGGCCGCAUGGAAGUUGGCUCCCGCAUUGGCCGCUGGUAAUGUGGUUAUUUUGAAGUCCUCCGAGGUCACGCCUUUGUCGAUUUUGUACUUUGCAACGUUGUUCAAGAAAGCAGGCUUUCCCCCAGGCGUCGUCAACAUCAUCUCGGGGCUCGGUACCACGGCCGGCAAGGCCUUGGCCUCCCAUUUAGACGUGAACAAGGUGGCGUUUACGGGCUCCACAGCCACAGGCCGUGUGGUGCAGAAACUUGCCACGGCAAAUUUGAAAGCCGUCACUUUGGAGUGUGGAGGCAAAUCGCCUCUUUUAGUAAGAGCCGACGCGGAUCUCGAGCAGGCUGUGAAGUGGGCUGCCAUCGGCAUCAUGAGCAACCAGGGCCAGAUUUGUACGUCCACCUCAAGAAUCUAUGUACACGAGUCGAUCUACGAAAAAUUCUUGACAGAAUUUUCCAAACAUGUGACGGAUGAGUACAAGCAGGGUGACAUGUUCGUGGAGGAUGCUGUUGUGGGGCCUCAGGUCUCGAAGGGCCACUUCGAAAAGAUCUUGAGCUACCUCGAUAUCGGCAAGAAGGAAGGUGCCCGGGUUGUUUUGGGAGGCGAGGCAAACACCGAAGGCGAGCUUGCCAAAGGAUAUUACGUGAAGCCAACUGUGUUUGCUGAUGUGCAGCCCCACUUCCGCAUUGUGAAGGAGGAGAUUUUCGGUCCUGUUGUGGUGGUGGGCAAAUUCUCUACCGAUGAAGAGGCCAUCGAGUUGGCCAAUGCAACUGAGUAUGGUUUGGGAGCGUCCAUUUUCACCCAGGACAUCACCGUUGCCCACAACAUGGCUGCCGACAUUGAGUCUGGUCAAAUUUGGAUCAACUCUUCAAACGACUCGGACGUACACAUUCCAUUCGGCGGUGUCAAAAUGUCGGGAGUUGGUCGUGAGUUAGGUGAGUAUGGGUUGGAGAUGUACACUGAGGCUAAGGCGGUACAUGUUAACUUGGGCACGAAGUUGUGA